AUGAAGCUUCUUUCCACCCUUGCAGGUGCUGCAGCCUGUGGGUCACUCGCAUCUGCCUUAAAGCCCCCGGUGAUUGAUACUCACUACGGUACGAUCAAUGGAGGUCUUUCUCCUUUUGCCGGAGGCGACAAGGCAUUCGUCUACAAGGGGAUUCCCUAUGCCCAGCCUCCCAUGGGCGCCAACCGCUGGACCAAAGUCAGCGGUCCAAGCUAUUGGGGCGAGCUGAAUGCCACCGAAUUUGGCCCACAGUGCGCCCAGUCGAUCAGUGAUGCCGGCAUCUUCUCCAGCGGCAAGAACACGACCAGCGAGGACUGCCUGACCCUCAACAUUUGGACCCCGGCAUACAAGAACCAAACCAACAUGUCCUCCAAGAAGCUGCCCGUUUUGUUCUGGAUCUUUGGUGGACGUUUCACGGGUGGAUCUGGUGAUGUCAAAACGUACGACGGCACCGGUCUCGCACAAAAGGACAUCAUUGUGGUCACUAUCAACUACCGCCUAGGACCCUUCGGAUACCUCGCGCAUCCCGAAUUGACCGUCGAGUCUGGACACAACAGCUCUGGAAACUACGGUAUUCUUGAUCAACAGGCCGCUUUGCACUGGGUCAACGAGAACAUUGCCAAGUUCGGAGGCAACCCUGACCAAAUAACUGUCGGUGGCCAGUCCGCUGGCUCGGCUAGUGCUCUUGAUGCUAUGUGGAGUCCUCUGGCUGCCGGUCUCGCUGCUGGGAUCAUCGCAGAGAGCGGUGCCCGAGGACCCCAUGAUCCAAUGACUGGCACUGUGGCCACAUCGUAUCGGACCAAAAAGGCUGCCGAGGCACAAGGUGUCAACUUCCUCAAAACCAUGGGUGUAAGCUCGAUUUCCGAGCUUCGAAACGCGUCGAUGGAAAGUUUGCUUGAAUACGAUAUGCUGUCUGAUACUAUAUGGGAGGGCACUCCUUUCCAAAACUUCACCGAUGCCUUCAUGGAGCCACCCAUGUGGCGUCCCAAUAUCGAUGGCUAUGUCUUUCCCGACACUUACUCUGAAGCUUUGCGCAACAAUUCCCACGCUGAUCUUCCCAUCCUGACUGGAAACAACGAGGAUGAGUCCGGGGCUACUCCAACUCUGACAUACUCUGCUUCCAAGUACCACGAUCUGUUCAGUAACCUCUUUGGUGACUUGUCGGAAGAAUUCUUCUCUUUGUAUCCCGGCAAAAGCACCACUCAGGCAUCUGAAAGCGGAAAGGAAUUCUGGAGAGACCUCAGUCGUGUCGGCACCUGGCGAUGGGCACUUGACUGGGCUGCUGGCGGUGCCAAGGAAUCUGUUUACACCUAUUAUUUCAACCACUGGCCUGCGGAGCAACGGUCAUCGGGUGCCUAUCACGGCAGUGAGCUUUGGUAUACCUUCAACAACAUUCCCUAUUCGUCGUACAGCAAUGUCACAUGGAACGAAGAAGAUUACGCAGUCGAGAAGAAGAUGGCAAACUACUGGGCCAAUUUCAUCAGAACCGGAAAUCCUAAUGGCAAUGGCCAGGCUCAAUGGAAGGCCUCGAAAAAGAACCCGCAGACUAUGUGGUUGGGCGACCAGUGGGGAAUGGGACCUCUUACCAUGAACAACAAGCGUAUUGAGUUCCUGCAUAAGUGGACUUCGACCUUGCCUGCGUGGUAG